GUUCAUUUUUGUCACAGGUUCGGGGAUGUCAGUAAUUGAAAGUUUAAAAUGUAUUCGGUAAAAAAUCAAUCCGACGUUGAAGCAACAUCAAAUGCUACUGAUCGAAAAACAAAAACUGCAGAGUCACAUGAAAGUCAUGAAUAUGAAGAAGUGCUCGAAUUGAUUGGAUUUGGACGUGUGCAGUGGACUGUGCUAUUUGCCGCUGGCUUUCUCUUAAUGAUGGUCAUUAACGAAACCAUGGGCAUGUCUUACAUCACAAUUGUAUCACAAUGCGAUUUUGCAACCAAUUCCAUGGAUAAAGCCAUUAUGAGUGCUGCAAGUUUCAUUGGAAUAUUUUGUUCAUCAUAUUUCUGGGGUUAUCUAAGCGAUACAAUUGGACGCAGACCAAUAUUAAUAUAUACCACAUUUGCUGGUAACUUGUUAUCCUUAGCAUCGAUAUUCAUACCAAAUUAUUGGGUAUACGUCUUUAUUCGAUUCACUGUUGGAUUUUUCAUAGCUGGAGCAUCUUCCACCACCUACGCCUACUUGGGUGAAUUCUUUGUACCGCGUCACCGUCCAAUCGUUAUCAAUUAUGCCAGUUUAUUUGUUGGAAUUUCCACCGUUUAUGUGCCUGUUGUUGCAUGGGUUAUAUUAUCUAUGGACUGGAGCAUUGGCAUCACGGAGAGUUUCUCUUUUCGACCCUGGCGAUUGUUAACUAUUUUUUAUUUACUACCAGGAGUCGUGGGAUCUCUUAUGCUCUUGACACUUCCAGAAAGUCCCAAGAUUUUAUUAUCGCUUCAUAAGACCCAGGAGGCCUACGAUGCUGUUGAUUGGAUUGCAGUCCGUAAUUCUGGCAAACACUUGCAUGAGUUCAAGGUUAAGAAACUAAAAGAAGAAGCCCAUCCUGAGGAAGAAAAUGCGUUGCUUGUCUCAAAAUCGGCAUUCACAACUGUUAGGAAAAUGUGGAAAGAAACUCUACCCCUGCUGAGAAGACCUCAUUUAGUUAAUUUUGCUAUAAGUUGUACGAUUAUGUGCGGCCUGUUCUUUAGCUCAUCGGGAAUGGGUCUAUGGUAUCCAGAGAUUCAAAAUCGUUUGGGCUCAUCCGAUGAUGUGGACAUGACAGUAUGCCAAGUCAUCGAUGCCUCCAUUGAUCAAUCAGAGAAUGUUACAACAACAAUCUGCAAUGAUCACAUAAAUGUCAAAAGUUAUAUAGAUACAAUUACAUACGGUUCUGCCUUAAUUGUGGGCUACAUUUUAAUGGGUCUAGUUCUAAAUCGAAUUGGUCGAAAGGCUUCUAUAUCACUUGCUUUGACAAUAGCAGCUGCAUGUGCUCUUUCAUUGAUUUGGAUAAGAGAUGAGGUCGUCAUUGUGGUCUGUUUCUGUUUAUAUCUAGUCUUGCCUGGACUUUGCGUCUCUGUUUUAAGUGGCGCUGUGGUGGACUUAAUGCCCACACAUUUAAGAGGAAAAGCUGUCUGCAUUUGCCUAAUGUUGGGAAGAACAGGCAGUGUAUUUGGAAGCAAUAUAAUUGGUGUACUUUUGGAAUCAUAUUGUACAGCAACAUUCGGUGUAUUUUCAGGAUUUGUGUUUGUUUGUGCUGGAAUGACGUUACUUCUGCCAAUUUGAACAAAGACUAGGCAACAUUUUUUAUAAAAUUCUAAAAGAUAUACAGACUUGUAGACUUAAAGUUCCUAUAAGAUCGAAAUCUAGUUGUUUUAUACAAAAUUUAUUUUUUACAAUUGUUAGAAGGUGAAGAUCAUGAAAGAUGACAAUGUUUGCCUAAGCUGCCAGUGCUAACUCUUAGUCUCUAGUCUGUUAGUUUGUAACUCUAGACUUGUCUUGAAAAGAGAUUAAUAUAUUGUUGUCUAUUUUUAACUACUAAUUUAACUAAUAUAACACCCAACAACUAAAUAAAAAUGUCUACCAAAAUGAA